CAAGUUCAGAAAUGAGCAGCUGGACGGAUAGUAAACAUGUCAACUGGAGAAGGUAGAGGAGUAGUUCUCACGCCAUUAUGCCAAGGCUUUCUGAAGAAGAGAAAAGACAAAAUGAGGCUGAGGUGGGUGACCUAUUGGUUCAAGCUUCACAACACAACCCUUUUCUUCUACACUAAGAAAAAUGGAUCCGCUUCAGACCUUAGAGGGCAGUAUUACCUGUUUGAGGUCGAGUCAGUGCAUGAGGUGAUGCGAACUGAGAACAAGCGCUACCUUUUUGAGCUCACCAUGAAAAACGGGAAGAGGAAAGUUCUGGCUGCAGACACAGCAGAUCUCAGACAAGAGUGGAUUUGCCAGCUUUUGAAAGCAAUGAAACAUCCUGGGCCGAACACACCUGCGCUGACCCCUAACUGGCAUGUUUCGUCAGAUUCUAAGCGGAGAGCUCAUAGCAGCCCAUGCAACAGCAGCAAUAGCAGCUGCAUUCGCUCAAACUCAGAGAUCAGUGUCGGAAGGCCUUACUCCACCAUCACCUAUCACUGCACCUCCAGCGUGAACCCUCAGCCUCUUAAACAAUACUUGACCCUGCACACGUCCACUGCUCUUGGCUUAGCAGACACAAAGAGCACCUGGUAUCCAGAGGAUGAACUGGAGCAGAACACAGAGAAGAUUCAACCUGAGAGUGAUUAUGACAUCCUACCAGCUCGUAAAUCCUUGAAUUAUGAAGAGGCCAUUUAUGACACACCUCCAUCCAACCGGCGAGCCAGUGGACGAGAUCAUGAAAUGACUGACAGCAUCUAUGAUGUCCCAAAGUCCAUAUUUAGGAGAAAUGAUGGUGAAGAGAGGCCCAUGAGUGGGACACUGCUUAUUGACAUGAUGGCUUGUUUGGGGGAAGACUCUGCAGACUGGGUCAGAGCAGCUGCCCCAAGUGCCAUCUGUAAACCCUAACAAAGCGAAUCAUUUCAACACAUCCAAUGCCUACUUGCCAACAUGCAUUUAUUAUUCUUUUGGACAACAAAACUUUAUACAUUUACAUGUCGUUGGACUUAAUUUUGCAUUGUUUUUCUAUUCUUGAUUUUAUCUCAAGUAUUAUUUUUUUCCCCAAUGCAUCAGAGAAGCAUUAUAAAUACUGUAUUUACUAUGCUGAAUUACAUACUUAUGGUGAACUCGCCACUUUGAGCAGUGACCCAUGCUGCCUCUAACUGCUUUGACUGAUCAGUCGAUCCCACUGUGGUAACACUGCCCUCUUCUGGCCUAAAAUCACAAGUGCGCUACAAACCGCAGAAUUGAAGCUGUACAAAGCUUUGUGCCUUAAAAGAAAAACUUACCCCAAUCAGCCAUAUCGCUAAAACCAUCUCCUUGUUUCUACACUCAUUAUCAGCAAUUUGUAGUUUUACUAUUACAGACUGUAGUCCAUCUGUUUGUCUGCAUACCUUGUUGAACCAAAGGGUGAAAAAGUGCAAGACCACCACAGAGCAGGUGAUUUUUGGGUGGUAUGUUAGUAUGUUGUGCUGGUACAAGUGGAUCAGACACAGCAGACUUUUUAAAAUCUGUCUACUCACUGUCCACUCUAGACACACCACCACAUCAUUGUCACUGCAGUGUUGAAAACGAUCCACCACCCACAAUAAUACCCGCUCUGUGGCAGUCCUAAAAAACUAUGCAGAGAAGUGGCCUACAGUCUGCAACUGUGGAAAUAUAAAAUACACCAAUGUGGUGAGUGGAGCUGAUAAAAUGGACAAUGAGUGCAGAUACAAGCAGGUGGUUUUAAAUGUUAUGGCUGUGUAUGUAUAAAGGAUAAAACUGGUAUGGAGUUAGAGACUCUCAAACAACAAGGCUACAUUGUGGAAUGUAACCUGUCUCAAAGAAGUAAUGAAUUGAGUCAGGCAUUAAAGAACAAGAAUUUUUUUUUUUUGCAUGGUUAUAUCACUGGUAAAUGAAAGACAAAACACUGUCAUAUCAGAAGGAUGUAGAAAAAAUUUAAAAGAAAUGAGAAGCCUUAUUUGAGCACAGCAGCUAUCUUUUACAUUGUGAACAUCUGAUGGUGAAUGGACCAACAGAAAUGUAAAUCAGAAAUAAAAUCUUGGUACAUUAAAAGCACUUUUGCCUUCUGGAAAGUUACAGAUACAUGGUUCUGUUAGGAUAGACACAAUUUCUUCUCAUCGAGAAGAGCAGUACAGAAUACAUGCAAUGAAAGAAGAAAAAAAUCUGAUUAAAA